GGUCAUGGCAUGCAGCAGCCACUCCCACUAUUUUGAGCUAGCUAGCCGUCUUUAAACCAGACAGAGAGCCACGGCCGGGCACACAGUGCUGCUAGAGGUUGAGCAAUGUCCAUCUACAGCUCUAAACGCAAGAGCAGGAGAGCCUCCAGGUCUCAGCUAGGUCAUCUGAAGCUGUCUGUGUACGAGGACUCUAGUGCACUCAUAGUACAUGUAUAUGAAGCACGAGGACUUCAGAGGAGAGAGACUUCUCCAUUGGAUACAUAUGUCAAGCUGUACUUGCUACCUGACCCAUCCAAGCUGACUAAAGAGAAGACUAGAAUAGUCAAACAAAAGGAUCCAGUGUUCAAUGAAAAGUUCUCCUUCAUUCUCACUGGGAAUGAAGACAUUGACAAGAAGCUCUUGAUAUCAGUAUGGAGUCAUCACACUGCAUCAAGGAACGAGAUGAUUGGAUGUAUGACAUUCAAGGUUGCUGAAAUCCUUGGCCCAGAUAAGAGUCUGAAUGGAUGGUACCAGCUCCUGGACGAGGUCAAAGGUCAAGAGUCGUACCAUCAGGUGCCCCUCACCAUAUCCCGGUCCGAGGGAACAAGAGGUGACCCUUGCAAGAGGACCUUUGCAGUCACGCUGGUCCGCAGUGAGAGAGGGUAUGGCUUCAGUGUGGAUGGUCACAGUCCUGUGUUCAUAUCACAGGUUCUCAAAGGUUACCCGGCUGCCCUGGCGGACAUAAAAGUGGGGGACACACUAAUAGAGGCGGAGGGUACGGACGUGACCAAGGCCAGUGCUAACCUGGUAGUCACCAUAUUCAAGAAAUGUCCCCAGGUCAUCCACCUCAUACUACAGCGAGGACAGUAUAUAUCAGCCUCACUACGCCGUCCUCCUAAGAAGAAGACCUCUCUAACGACACCAUACUCUCAAUCUCAGCUGUCCCUGAGACCACGCCCCUCUAGGACUAGUCUAUCAGGCCUGUCCCCUGAGCAUCAUCAGCAUCACAGUACAUCACGCAGAGCCUCCACUCCAUUGUAUGAGAGCUCCUUGACACAGCCUGACUCUGUUAUAGCUGAGAAUGGAGAUCACACGAUCAAUCGAUGGUCCUUGAGUCGUAGCCGCGAGCAGUUGUUUGCCAGUCAAGGUCAACUGAGGUCAGCAGAGAGUGUUGGACAAGGUCAACUGAGGUCAGCAGAGAGUGUUGGACACUUUACUCGACAGUCGAUUGCUAGCAUCCAGGAGAGUGAGGGCACACCCCCUCACACCCUCACACAGCCGUCCAACGAGCCUCACACCCUCACACAACCCACACCCCCUCACACCCUCACACAGCCAUCCAACGAGCCUCACACCCUCACACAACCCACACCCCCUCACCCCCUUACACAGCCGUCCAACGAGCCUCACACCCUCACACAACCCACACCCCCUCACACUCUCACACAGUUUGAAUCUCUCGCAAAACCGAAUGAUCUUGGAGCUCUUGUUAAGACUGCAUCACCUCGUAGCAAACUAGUGGGUGUGGUCAGAGGAAAUCUUGACUCCGCCUACUCCUCUGGUAUUGAUUCAACUGAUGCUCAGCCGGUCGACUGGGAGAGUCUUGGUCAGAUGGGUCAGCAAAGACAGAGAGCAGUCAACAACCUCCUCACUACACAGCUCACACUCACGGAGGAACUAAAGAUGGGCGUGGAGACGUACAUUGAACCCUUGACCUCUAUACUCCCACCUGACGUACAUCAGAGAAUGUUCAUGGGGCUACAUCAGUUGUGUGCUGUUUCCGUGUCGAUAACGAGUCAACUGAAGCCACGGCGGUUGCCUUACACUUCCCCUGAGGCUGCCCCCUUCAACACUUACAUUGAGAGUCUGGCUGACAUCUACUGGUUCAAUUUCUCCGAGCUACUAGAUUGUCUGACUGUAACACUGGGUAACUCUGGAGUAGCCAGGCAGGAGAUUGCUACCUCCUUUGCCAUGUUUGAAGCUUUCUCUCGAUUGGUGGAGGACAGUGUUGUCAAGGAGCACAAACACAGUAUCUACUCAUUUGUGGAGGCUGUCAAUGAAUACGUGCCUAAACUAGCACGCAGCAUGUUCGCCCUUGUGUACUUUACACCCCUGACUCACGAGGAUCAACGUCACCUGGCUAGCAUCACGCAGGAUCUGAUGAAGUUGUGUAGAGACAAGGACCUGAUCAGCCGCUGGGAGAGACAGACCGAGUCCAUGAGGAGGCUGGGGUUGUGUGUGGCGUUUGGUAGUAAGGUGAAGCAGGUGAGACUGAACACACCAGGACGCCUGCUCAUCCAGGAGGGGGAGAUGGUCCUAGUGGAGAGGAGGAGGAAGAGAAAGGUGUGGGUGCUACUACUAUCAGACCUCCUACUAGUCACUAAGAAGCAUGGCAGGAUACUCACUGUCACAGAGGACCCACUGCCAUUGGAGCAAGUCAUGGUGCAAGACUUCCACUGCUCUGACUCUAAUGAGAUUCAAGUUUCAACAACUAACGGAAGCUGGAGUCGACUGUUUCGUGCUGCCAGUGAGGGGGAGAAGGAAGUGUGGAUGGCCAAGAUCAAAGAGAGAGCGUCCGGGUCGCUUAGCAACCGUAGAAAGCAGGGAGAUAAGUCGCGGAGCUACCUUCAGCCACAUAUUGCCGAUGCUCUAAGGAAGCAAUCACACCAGAUACAGGCCUCUGCUGUUACCAUGGAGACAACAGAUAAAGGAGAGGAUUCACUGACCAGAGGAUCGUCCAAGAGACGCAGUCUGUUCAGUAUGGGCUCCAAGAGAGACAAGAUAUCACCCUCAGAGAGAAACACUAAACUAAAGAGGAGCUUCAGAGGGAAGCCAGCUGCACCCAAGAAGCUCACACUGACAGAUGUCGCUGUGGAGACACUCAAGAAGUGGAAGAUCUCCUUUGACACAAUGAUUCACAGCCAAGAUGGAUUGGUUUUGUUUGAGGAUUUCCUCAAGUCUGAGUUCAGUGAAGAGAAUAUUCAGUUCUGGAAGGCGUGUCAACGCUUCAAGACCGUUCCCAUGGAAACACUAUCUGACGAAGCUAAAGCCAUCCACGAUGAAUACAUUUUACAACGAGCUCCUAAAUGGGUGAACUUGGACCACCCCACUACCACGGAGAUAGCGGACAGACUGGCCAGUCCUGAUCAGAGCAUGUUCCUCAAGGCUCAGCACCAGAUAUACAUACUCAUGCAAAGAGACAGCUUCAAGCGAUUCAUUGACUCUCAACAUUUUCAAUCUGCACUAAAAAGAUAACUUUUAUCCCCACCAUAAUAUUAUUGUUACGUUUGUCUGUCAACAUAAGUCUCUUAAUUAUUUAUUUAUUACUCAAAUACAAAUUAUUUUGUCUGAAUAAUAAUUAUACACAAAUUGGAAAGUGUAAAA